AUGGCCACCCUAUCAACAAGCCCCAUCUCCCUCCUCCUGUCCUCAUGGACCAAACCAAACGAGACUGUCGAUGUCGAAACCUACGGCUUACCACAGAUCACCAAAUGGACCAGAGCCCAAGUCAAAUCUCAGUUCGCCUCCAAAGACCUCUCUCCAAUCUGCUGUCCUCAUCUUCCCGCCGUCCGUAUCCCAGAAGCCAUUGUCGAAAUCAACAAUUCGCGGAACAACGCCCCGGCUAUGCAAUAUUACAUGGCAAACAACAGGUUCUGGCUCGCACACCGUAUGUUAUUACAGGCACAGUUCCAGUCUGCGGUGAGGUUUACGACGGAUGAGUGUUACUAUCUGCUUGAGGAAGGGGAGGCGGUUAUGGAGGUUAAUGGACGGCCGUUGACGGGAGUGGAGAAGGGGUUGUUAGAUGUUGAGCCGGGAAAGGUGGAUAUGAGUGAACUUCAGCCGACGGAGAUAAAGAUGCAUUUGGGGGUUGCGAUGAGGCUUCCGCCGUAUACGGUGCAUUGCUUGAAGGUUAAGGAGGACAGUUUGGUUACGGCGGGGUGCAUUGUGCCGAGGGGGAGGGAGGAAUAG